GCAUGUCUGAUAGUCCUAGCCACCGGGUCAAGGUUUUGUAUAAAGGAAGAUGCUGGGCAUGUGCGACGCCAUAUCCGAGUGCCUCCAACUAUUACCAAAAGCGGAUCAUGCAAUCGAAGUAUGUGUACGACAAGGUUUAGUUGACUUUCCUCUCGAUGCACUCAAAAACGCUACUUUGCACAGAGCAGGUUCUAAAGCAGUCGGUUUACCGAACCGGGGUUCCAAAGGAAAUGCAGGGGGAGCGGCUGCGGAAGAUCCUCUCAUUACCGAUGAUCCGACGCACAGUUUCAUCGCGCAUUCCCUUUCGCACAGGCGAAAUGAUCGGCGCUUCUAUCCCCGGGAUCCAAUGCAGAAAAAUCUUGAUACGCGCGGAUCCAAGUGAGCUUGGCCUGUACAAGCUGGAAGCGGCUCCUCUCUAUCGAGGACUCAUGAUACAGGAUGAGCGCGAUCCCGAUUGUUACGUGUGGAAUAACCGCAAGUUGAGAAAGCUUGUUCUCGACUCGACUUGGCUUGGCUUCAUUUGGCUUGCGAAGAGUGUGGGUGCCGAGAUUGUGACUAAUGGGCUGCGCUGCCUGGCCGAGGGAGACCUCACUGGAAGGUGAAUGCAGGCCAUCCACGACAUGAAGAUGAUGGAUACGGACGAUGAAACCGACAGUUGUAGGAACAUGCCAAUCUACGGGAAUACGCGCAAUUGAAAUAUCUUAUCAAACAUGGCUCUGUCACUUUGGGCAGCAGAAAUGUUUGCCAACAGAACGCGCUCUAUGACUACAAACACGAGCUCCGUCUAGUUGAUAUGUGGCCAAUAGAUGAAAUCACAUCCAAAAUUCCAAAUAUACCAUCAGU